AUGAACGACCAUUCCCGUCGCCAACACAUCCCCCUCCCGUCGCCUACAUAUCCCCCUCCCGUCGCCUACACAUCCCCCUCCCGUCGCCUACACAUCCCCCUCCCGUCGCCUACACAUCCCCCUCCUGUCGCCUACACAUCCCCCUCCCGUCGCCUACACAUCCCCCUCCCGUCGCCUACACAUCCCCCUCCCGUCACCUACACAUCCCCCUCCCGUCGCGAUCACAUCCCCCUCCCGUCGCCUUCACAUCCCAUUCCCGUCGCCCACACAUCCCCCUCCCGUCGCCUUCACAUCCCCCUCCCAUCGCCAACGCUUCCCCCUCCCGAAGCCUUCACAUACCCCUCCCUUCACCUUCACAUCCCCCUCCCGUCGCCUCCACGUCCCACUCCCGUCGCCUUCACUACCCCCUCCCGUCACCUUCACAUCCCAUUCCCGUCGCCUUUCACUUCCCCCUCCCGACGCCUUCACAUCCCGCUCCCGUCGCCUUCACAUCCCCCUCCCGUCGCCUUUCACUUCCGCCUCUCCCCCCCAUGCCCCCACCCACUUCCCCUCCAGUUGACUCUUCAAGGGCGCCUACGCAUCAGCACCGAUGCGCCCCUUUUCCUCACAACCAACAUCCCCUACCCACCCCCGCCUCCGCCCCUUCCCCUGCAGUCGCUGGUUCACUCGCGCCAUCUUUUAGGGUGGGGCAGCAUCAUCACCCUCGCCUCAACCCUCGCUGCUCCACGCCUUCCCCCCUGCUCUCCGCCAACCUGCAGUGACUACCCCUGA